AUGGAUUCAACUAAUAACAUAACAUUUAUUAAUCAAAAUCUUCAUAUUUCUUCUGAAGAUAAAUCACCAAAUCAUUUUCAAGUUGGAAUUAUUUGCUGUGUAAUUUCAUUUUUUAACUUAAUAAUUGAAACAUUAGCUUGUUAUAGUUUCUAUAAGAUAAAACAUUUCACAAAAACAAUGUCAUUUGAAAUAAUGAGACAUCAAAGUCAUCUGGUAAUAAUUUUACAACUUUGCCAUUUUGCUACAUCAUUUAUAACAAUGUUCGAUUUGGAAGAAAUUUUUCUUUUCAAUUUACUUGUUGGAUCGUUAAUGGAAUUUUCAUAUGUUGGUUAUGUUUCAUUUAUUCUUCUUUUAAGUAUAAAUCGUUUUGAUGCUAUGUAUAACAAUUUUUUUUUUCCAAAUAUUUCAAGAAAAAAAAUAUUUUCAAUUGGUAUAAUUAUAUGUUAUUUAUUUGGUUUUCCAAUAUUUGUCUUUUUUGUUAUUCCAAAUAACAGAUUAGUAUAUAAUGGUCAAGCUUAUGGUUGGACUUUUAGACAAAGUAUUAGAGUUGUUUUAAUUGUUGCUAGAAUAAAAGGUAAUACAAUAUUAGCAUUUUUAGUCAUUUGUUUUAUAUUAUAUAUAUUAAUUAUAUUGAAAAUUAUACAAAUGCGUUGUCGAAGUAAAAAAAUAAGAAAAAAAAGUUUAUCACUUGAAGAUUUUAAACUUCUUAUACAUACUCAACUAUGUUUUGCUACAAUUGCUUUUGUAGAACUUUGUUGGAUUGGUAUUUUUCCUUUCUUUAUUUCAACGAUAACUGGAACAAUGUGUGUACAAAUUUUAUUUAAUAGUAUUACAGGGGUUAAUACUUUAUUUACAUUAAUUUUUGUAAAGGACGUUUUCAAAGUUUUAUCAAUGUGUUUUUUUAAAAGUAAAACUAAUAAAAAUAAUGUUCCAAAGGCAAAUAAAGUAAAACCACAUAUUUCAGUGCAGUAA